AUGAGUCAAGAAAGUGAAAAUUCAAUUGAUACUAUAACUUCUAGUUCAACUGAUAUUGCUACCUCUAAUCCAGCACGUUUAAAUAAAAAACAAAAAACUGAUACCGAAUUAGCACAAGUAACUAAUUUGGUUAAUGAAGAACUUAAAUAUUGUGAUAAUCUAACCUUGA